CAUCCAAUCGAACUUUUGCACCUGGAAGGGAGACGCCAAUACAACGAUAUGGUAUCCCGUCAGUCCAAGACAGUGGAAGAAGCCAUCACUGAAUAUCAUCGUCGGUAUUUUCGGGCUCCGCCAACGGGAUUCGAUAGUUGGGCACAAUUGGCUUUGGACAAUGAUAUGUUACUUAUUGACGAGUUUGAUGGUAUGACCAAGGCUUUUGAGCCAUACCAACAGGUCGAUCCCACCGUGCUAGCCAAGAUACUGGAGCGCGUACUCGACAUGGAUCUCGACGAUCUUGUCAUUGUAAAGAUCGAGAAUUCUAAAAUCACUUCUAAUAGUGACAAGUUUUGGAACUACCAUGGAGAGUACCUACACGACUGGCUCGCAAAACCUCUCUACAAAGAGCUUUUGCCCAAUCUCACCAUCAUACUCAACACUUUUGACGAACCAAAAGUGGUGAUUGAUUCCAAAUACGCACAACCAACAUUGGAUCAAGCUUCGAAUAUUCAAUUUACCAAUUUCGGAAAGACUCAUCCAUGGUCUAGGAUGACGCUCAAUUGUCCUGGUGCCUCACCAGUAUCAGAGGUAGCAGAACAUAUCGCUGUGGAAUUUGUCGCAGAUCUGACGCAGACCCAAGAUAUCUGCCAGCAUCGCGAAUACGAGAAAUUGCACGGUUUCUUCAACACGCCGGGAAACCUGAAUUUGGUAGACCUACCUGUGCCACUGUUUUCUCAGGCCAGACCGUCGACCUUCCAUGAUCUCAUGUAUCCCAGCCCGUACUAUGAAGCGCACAGAGACGACUACAAUGAAGAGAAGGGGUUUUCAUGGGAUCAAAAGCGCACGAGCUUGUAUUGGCGCGGUUCGACCACUGGCGGUUACAAUACGAUCGAAAAUUGGCAAGAGAUGCACAGGCAGCGCCUUGUUCUCUCAACCAUACCGCAGAAUGGACCCUACAACGUCACUUUGCUCGAGCGAAAGACUUCCAGGAGCUCGUGGAACCCAUACCGCACGAUUUCUACGCCAAAAUUGCAAGGUUUAUUCGAAACCAGUAUCAGUGAAGUCGUCCAGUGCGAUGAGGAAGCCUGCGAUGAACUAAAGGCCGCGCUACCGCCGGAGGGGUCACAGCCUGACUCGGCAUCAUACCAUCACAAGUAUGUGCUCGACAUGGACGGUAACGGAUUCUCCGGUCGCUACUACCGUAUCUUGAGAUCCAGAUCGGCAGUCAUCAAGCAAACAUUGCUCAAAGAAUGGCAUGACGACUGGCUAGUCCCUUGGUAUCACUUCAUACCACUCUCAAUGCAAGGCAGUGAGGUCUGGGAGAUGAUGAGGUUUUUCAGCACUGAUGAGGGUGAUGAGAUCGGCGCUGCCAUCGCGGAAAGCUCGAGCAGAUGGACGGAAACAAAUCUUCGCAAGGUGGAUAUCGAGCUCGUCACUCUUCGCUUGAUACUGGAGUAUGGGGCUCUGUUUGAC